UCCACGCCAAACUAGUGCUAUUAUGUUGGGGGUUCAGUUGUGUCCCUGCCUUCGUAAGCCUCGGUCGAAAGAAAUCGCGCGUGCGUCGAAUUAGUUUUAAUUGGCAAUUCCUGCGCUGUACCGAUGUCAAGGUCGUUUGGAUCAAAAUGUUUGAACUCGUAUCGACGGUUUUGAAAAUUGCCUUUGGAUUGAUCGUUUAUCUGAUCAAGGGAAAGUGUCUUAAGCUGUGGCCACAACCGAAUCGUCCCGUCGUAUCGGUUCGUCAAGGCAAACUCUGUGGAAUAACAGCAAAGCUACCGAAUGGAUCGAGUUAUCACUACUUCAAGGGUGUGCCCUAUGCCAAGCCACCCGUGGGAGAAUUGCGCUUCAGGCCUCCGGUUCCGCUUGAGAAGUUCGACACACCGGUGCUUGAGUGUGUCAUGGAACGAAGUGAUUGCAUACAACGUGAUCUGUUCACCAACCGAGUGGUGGGAUCUGAGAAAGGGCUCUACUUGAAUGUCUUCACACCGGAAAUCAGUGUUGAUGCAGAGAAAAAGUUUCCGGUCAUGAUCUAUAUUCAUGGAGGUGGAUUUUUAGCAGGAUCCGGUAGCAGCUUCUUCUAUAAUCCGAUUUAUUUUGUGCAAGAGGGCGUGGUCGUUGUGACAUUGAACUAUCGUUUGGGACCCCUUGGAUUUCUUAGUUUCCCCAGUGUGGGAAUAUCAGGCAAUGCUGGAUUGAAGGAUCAAUUAUUGGUAUUCAAGUGGGUAAAGGAGAACAUUACUCAAUUUGGAGGAGAUCCCAACAAUGUCACAGUGUUUGGCGAAAGUGCAGGCAGCAUAUCGACUUAUCUGCACUAUCUUUCAAAGAAUUCUAGUAAAUACUUCAACCGAGUAAUAUGCCAAAGUGGAAUUCCUAGUACUGAAACCUUUUUCCAAACCAGGGGUGAUGAGAAAGCUCGAAGCUUAGCAAAAAUUCUUGGUUACAACGGUUGCAAAGAUGAAGAGGUUUUCGAAACUUUACUCAAAGCGCCAGCCGAAGAACUCAUCAAGUAUCAGCACAAAGUCUUAACGAGUGAGGAGAAACGUUUGGGUGUUCAUUUCGCCUUCAUGCCAGUGAUCGAAGACUUCGAAACUGAAGACAGCAUAAUCACAGAAACACCGGAGGAAAUCAUAAAAUCAGCACCAAACCUGGAAAAACCUAUUAUCGAAGGUUGCAACAGUGGAGAAGGAAUCUUAUCAUUGUUUUUAAUGCAUCGAAGAGUCCACCUGGGCAACAUAGAUCCAGCACGUUUUGUUCCAAUUUUUUUGAAAACUUCAAAAGAUCUUGACCGAGCAGAGUUGGGGAAACAAAUAAGGAAGUUUUAUUUCGAAGAUAAACCAGUAAAUGAGUCAACUAACGAUGAGCUGUGUGACGUUAUGGCCGACAAUUAUUUUAUUACAAACUCCGUCAUCAAUAGUGAAUGGCUGGCCAAGUAUCAACCCAACGUGCGUCAUUAUCAUUACCGAUUCACAUUUGAUGGUCGGUUCAGUCUUACGAAAAAACUGUUCAAUCAAGCACACCUGAAAGGAGCGUGCCAUGGGGAUGACGUUUUUUACAUGUUCAGUCCUACAUAUCUACCAAACUUACCGGAAGGAAGCGCAGAGUGUUGCAUUCGGAGAACAUUUAUCAAGUACUGGACAAAUUUUGCAAAGUACGGAGAACCGUCACCGGAUCAUGAUAAGGAUUUGCAAAUCAAGUGGAAACCAGUACCAAAAAUUAACAACAAUUUAUCUGAAUUCAAAUUAGAAUGCCUAGAAAUUGAUGCAACUUCUAAAAUGAUUGAAAACCCAUUUCCAGAGCGAAUUGAAUUCUGGCGAAAUAUGUUGAACACUCAUCGGAGCGGAUUUCUGUGAUAUAGCGGGUCGAAUAAUCGAAUAGCGUUUUAAAUAAUUAAUUUAUGAACAAUAUACCUCAUUAGUAAUACUAAAAGAAUACUAA